GCGUCUUUUCUGGUAUAUGUCUUACCCACAAUGCAUCGCGCUCUUUCCCACAGCUAACUCAACAUGGCGUCGAGGGCACCAGUGGCUUCAGGCAGGCUUCUGUCCAGUGUGCGCAAAUGGUACUACAAUUUAAGCGGCUUCAACAAGAUCGGUUUGAUGCGAGACGACACGAUACACGAGGACGACGACGUGAAGGAGGCCCUGCGCAGGCUCCCGGAGAACGUCUACAACGACCGCAUGUUCCGCAUCAAGAGAGCUCUGGAUCUGUCCAUGAAGCACCAGAUCCUCCCCAAGGAUCAGUGGAGAAAAUACGAAGAGGAUGAGCCCUACCUGAUGCCGUACCUUGACGAAGUGGUCCGUGAGAGGAAAGAACGAGAGGAAUGGAUGAAGAAAUGAAUGAGAGACAGAUCGAGAGAGCUGGGCUGGUUAAAUCCUUGCAUGAAUAUCCGUGGCGUUGUAUAUUUAAGAUGAAAGUCUAUAUAGUCAUUAAAAUGUACAUUUUGAAACAA